CUUUGGCUAACUGGGCCGAAUAUAUGUUGAGGUGACCUUGAGCGUGCUUCGUGAGGGAGCAGUCAUUCUUUCUCAUUGGCAGAAUAUUACUCAGUACUGGAAGACAUGCCGAUUCUAGGACCUUGCCACCAUGGCCGACUCCAACCCAAAGAAGAGCAUCGCUGAACGCAGUGCCGACGUCAGACGAAUUUUACUCGAUGUGCUUGAGAAAUCAAAGACAAUCGAGUCUCCUGUUGAGGCGCGUAAGGUAGAGGAUGUGCUGGAUAGAUUUAAACUCUGGGCUGGCAACCUCGGAGCACUCCACCCCGCGCACAAGCGGGUUUCUCUGGAGUCUAGGCUAGCUGAUAGUCCCGGGGUUAGAGACCAAAUAUGUGAACACCUCGACGAUAUGCAGGAAGCGUCACAGGAUUUACUGUCCCUACUCUCCGAGAGACGGUCACGACUCGAAUUCAACGCGCACGAUACCCCAGAGACUUCGAACACCAAGGAGCCGGAGCAUGACCCUACACAACACGAGGAGUAUACAUCCAAAGAAGAAGAGGCGGACUAUAUUCUGCGCAUGGUCUCCGAGUGCCUCAGGGCUCUCUUCCGUAUAGGCAUUUUGGUCAGAAAAGCAACACCCAGAGACCGUUUUGAACUAGCGCUUCAGCGGUCCGAGUAUGCAUUUUCCGCGCAGUUCGAUAUCAACUAUGUCCGGGAACGGUACCCAAAACUGGCAUCCGAGGAUUCAGAUUGGUUGGUAUCCAGGCUUGGCUUUGCAAACUCCAAACGUCGACAGUUCAUCAACUACGCUCGAGACCAUAGGGCGAAGCUUGAGGUUGAGGAUCCAACGACUGUGACGAACAUUGUGAUGGAUGCAACCACCGUGCGGGAAUCCAGCAAAGCCACCACAUUCGUAGUCCCACGGGAUCUUUCGACAUCCGACUUUCUUCAAUCGUCGCUUGAUACUAGUAUUGAGGAUGAUUUGACGUCAUUGGUAUCAGCAUCUACAGCCUUCGAUCACGAGGCCAGCCUUCGACUACCGAGUCUAGCAGACAUGGGUCCAGAUGGAGAAUACUUCGAAUGUCCAAUCUGCUUUACCCUACAAUCGUUCCGCACAGAAAAGGCAUGGAAACUACACGCUUAUCACGAUCUCAAAGCCUAUGUCUGCACGUCCGCUGGUCAAACCUCAGGAUGUGAGCACAAAUUGUUCAAUGAUCGCGACACCUGGUUUGAUCACGAGUUGAAACAUCACUAUUCACUUUAUGUAUGCAACCUCUGCAGGUGUCAGUAUACAACCGCGAUAUCACUGGGAAAACACCUUACCGAUGAACAUGGCCCCUACUCAAAUGACGAGAUUGAAUCGGUCAUCGAGCAUGGGAAGUUUGUUCCGUCGCAACUGAGAGCGCAAGACUGCCCUUUUUGCGAUACAUGGGCCUCAAUACUAUCACAGCGCAGGGAUGGGAUAGAUUUCCGAGCUUUUAGUAUGGGAAGGUCCGACAUCAUGGUUUCCCUGACGCAUUUCAAACGGCACGUGGCCACACACCUAGAGCAGGUCGCUAUCUUUGCUAUACCAAGGACGAUGGACAAUGACGAUGAGCAAAGUCACGACGCCGCUGAUGCGAAUUCCGAGGCCUUCUCAUAUAAAGAUGAACAGUCCCAGGAUAAGGAUGCCGCUGACAUCGGCGAUGUUCUUCAGUUCGUUGACGAUGACUUUAAGGCCAGGAUAACCACCACGUGCGAUGAGCUCCUAGCCAGAUCCCGUUCCAAUCCCCAAUCGUGGAAGGAUGACUUCCCGACAAUAAUGUCAACAGUCUUCAACCGAAUUGCACGGAGAUUUGAUCUUCAGUCGAGAAAGUUUAAUCCUUAUAUCCUAGAGGACCAGUACAACAUGAAAGAAGCCUCGGCAGUCUUGAUGAGCGUAUGCCCUUCUUUGGCUACGCUGAGCCAAAAGUUUUUCUCAGUGUUUCCUCCCGGUAACAAUUUUGGAGAAAGCCUAAAGUUCAUCGCACGUAGAUGGCCUGUGGAUAUUUACGAGGUGUCUGUCGACCAGGGCUGGGUGGACCAAGGAAAUGGUUUUUGCAGACCUUUUACAGUCCAUAGCAUUGAAGGGGAGAAAGGUGCCCACAUCAAGCUUCAAGUUGUCUCGCGAUUGACGACGGAACGCCUGAUAAUCCAGGAGCCAGUGGAUGAGAAUUCUAAUUUUUUGCUCUCGGGGAAGAAGUCGAUUGUCUGGUCAACCACUCAGUUCCAUACCAGGAUGGCAUUGAGUUUCCAAGACACGGGUAGCCGUGACGCGGUAUGGAGGAUCAUCAACAACGUGCAACAAAAUGCCAAAAAACAAGGCAUGCAACCAGCAAUUUACGAAGAUAUUGGUGAUCUUGACCCCGCUGUCCCUAGGGCUGAACAAGAGACACAGACGGCGCCGUCGGAAUUUGCAGACCUGUUUCGCGAGCUGGCGUUCGGAGGGAUGCCACACACACGCCCAACCUUGGCAGGGGCUUCGACAAAAUCUAUCGACAGGAAAUUUCCCUGUCCUCACUGCCAGGUAAUCACCACUCAGUCAAAAGACCUGGACCGCCAUAUAGUCGCCACACACAAAAGGAGGGGUGCUAGCAGGCCAGUGUGUGAGUUUUGUAGGGGGACAUUUUCUCGAGGCGACAAUCUGAAGCGUCACAUGCGAACUUGCCGGAAGCGUCCGGGGAACAGCCCUACCUCAGCCAGCAGUCUGGGCAACCGAGAAAGCCCCACACAGGUAGAGGCCAAGAAUGAGGGCUCCGAGACUAAGGGCACAACAGUCAUGGCUCCUGAAUAGGCUAGCAAGCCUGCCAUACUCAAUAUAUCUAGGGCGCUGAGGGAAAUGAACGAGGAGAAGUCAAUGAACCCGAGUCUGACAGGGAGGAUAGCACGAUACAUGUGAUGGACUGAGAAGCGCACAGCAUCAUGAGUGCAUUUACUCGCAGAAGGUAUGAAUUCAGACUAGGCAUCAUGUCACAGACGCUUCAAUCAAGAGACAUCAGCCCCGUUCUUGAGCUGAGCGCCGCGUUAGAAGAUAAAAGCGUCGUUCCAUUGAUACAGUCUUAGCGAGGGAUCUUGCCAAGCUUUGGUUCAUGUGUAAGUAAGCUCUGCCUA